GUGACGUAAACAGUACGAUCCCCUUAGAGAGGAGGAAAUUCCGGGGCAAGGGGCGGAGCUUAGCGUGCAGAGAUGGCGGACGUGCUGCUACAGUCACAUUAGCGGGCCUGUAGAAUAAGGCAUUUCUCUGUAGCUACUUGCAUGGUGCAUGUCACCUGCUUCUCUCUAGGCGGCCAGUUGCGUUUCUUUAUUGUGUCGCUGUAGUAAAGUGGCCCGUGUAUCUAUAGGCUGCAAAAGUCAGAGAAGUUGACGUCGAGGUGGUUCUGCACUGAGCUCGCUUGGAGAUGUACUGCUCUAUUUAGCAAGAAGAUUGAUAGUCGGGUGAUUUUAGGCUGAACCGUCAUUAUACAGAAAAUGCAAAACCUUGAAGCUCAGGUCACUGGAAGUUUGGUGGCAUUUCCUGAUGUAACACAGAAAGCUCUCAAAGAAGAUGAAAUAAAUCUGGACUCUGUGCUUCGUGGAAAGUUUUCAACUGGAAGAACAAGCCUAGCAUGGUUGGCUUGUGGACCACAGCUCGAAAUUACAAACUCUGUCACUGGAGAAAGAAUAUCUGCUUAUCAUUUUAGUGGGUUGACUGAACGGCCCCCUGUUGUUGUUGCUGUGAAAGAGUUUACCUGGCAAAAGAAGACCGGACUCCUAGUAGGACUUGUGGAAGCAGAAGGCAGUGUUCUGUGCCUAUAUGAUAUAGGAAUAUCAAAAGUUGUCAAAGCUGUUGUCCUUCCUGGGUCGGUUACAGCUGUAGAACCUAUAAUCAAUCACGGAGGUGCCAGUGCCAGCACUCAACACUUGCACCAAAGUUUGCGGUGGUUCUUUGGCGUGACAGCAGUGGUCACAGAUGUUGGACAUGUACUUCUUAUUGACCUUUGUUUGGAUGAAGUGUCCAGCAAUCAGGAUGAACUUGAUGCUUCAGAUCUCGAAGUCAUGAGUGUAAUCCCAACUAAAAUUCCCAAGCUAAGAGAAGCUGCUACAAGAGAACGACGACAUCUGUGUCUCCAGUUAGCUGCUCCAACUGGAACCACAGUUUCUUGCCUUAGUUACAUAAGCAGAACAAAUCAGUUGGCAGUUGGAUAUUCAGAUGGCUAUUUUUCCUUGUGGAACAUGAAAACUUUAAGACGAGAUUACCAUGUGCAGAUUGAAGGAGGCAGAGUUCCAGUCUGUGCUGUUGCUUUUCAAGAGCCUGAGAAUGAUCCUCGAAAUUGUUGCUAUCUAUGGGCUGUUCAGUCCAGUGAAAGUGGUGGUGAUGUAAGCUUACAUUUAUUGCAGUUGGCAUUUAGUGACAGAAAAUGUUUAGCAUCAGGACAGAUCAUGUAUGAGCUUUUAGAAUAUUGUGAAGAGAGAUACAGCUUAGACCUUUCGGGCAGCACCUUGUCUUUGAGAGGACAGAGUAACAAUACGAAGUUGCUAGGAUGCCAAACUAUAGAAAAAUUUCGUGUACAUGGAGAGAGAGAAGAUGGAGUCCAUGAAGUCACAUCGCCUGAUACCAGCGUGUCUGUCUUCAGCUGGCAGGUGAAUACAUAUGGACAAGGAAAACCUUCAGUUUAUCUAGGUGUUUUUGAUAUUAAUCGAUGGUAUCAAGCACAAAUGCCAGAUUCUUUGAGGUCUGGUCAGUUUCUUCGCAACUGCUCUUAUUUUGCAUUUUGGUCUCUGGAAGCUGUAGUUAAUAUAACGACACAGGACAUCAUUUUUGACAUUCUUGUGCAUGAACGCAGUUUAAGCAGAGGCAUUCCUCCUUCUUAUCCUCCUCCUGAGCAGUUCUACUAUCCAAGCACCUACAAUUUUGAUGCCACAUGCUUGCUGAACUCUGGGCUCAUUCAUUUUGCAUGCACUGGAUUUCAGAAAGAGACAUUGCACUUUUUAAAGAAGUCUGGCUCUUCCUUAAAUGAAGCAAUCCCUGAUGGCUAUAACAGGUGUCUUGCAGCUGGCCUGUUGGCUCCAAAGUUUACUGAUGUUCAGGCAUCUAGCUUAAGUCAGGAAGAACAAUUGCAAGCUAUAUUAGCAGCUGCAGUCGAAACAAGCUCCCUGGGCCUUUUGACCAGUUGUAUCAAACGCUGGACUGCAGAAGAACAACCAAGAUCUGCAGCAAACCUACGCUUUGUACUAGAGUGGACAUGGAAAAAAGUGACACUUACCAAACAAGAGUUUGACAGACUUUGUUUUCGCCUUUUUGAUGGAUCCUGUAACUUUAUUGACCCACAUACCCUCCAGUCCCUUCAGCAGUGUCAUUUGUAUUUUAGCAAUCUAACAGCAGUCUUGAACUGUUUUAUUGCACAAGCAAAAGAAGUAACUCAACAAGGAGCAGUAGACCUCACAAACAAACAAUCUGUAACCAGGCUAUUGACACUGUAUGCAUCUGUUGUACUCUGGUUUUGUCGCUCUGGAAUGUUGCCAGAUUCCUCAGAUGAAACCGUGCAGUUAACUAGACCAUUCUACAAUUACCAAGUUAUUCAGCAGUACUACUCGGAUCAGCGAAAAAAGCUGGAACGAUUGGCAAGAGGAAAGUGGGACACUAGUUCUUUGAUGAUUGAUGGACUGAUAAAUCAGUUUGGAGAUCGAAUUCAGCAGCUCUGGAGCAGAGAUGAUAAUGGCACAGGAAAAUACCCACCUGCUAAUUUACAUGCACUUCUUGAUGUGUACCUUCUUGAAAAUGCAGAUGAAAUGAGCAAGCAUGCGAUCACCAUAUAUUUUCUUCUGGAUAUUAUGUAUUCUUUUCCGGAUAAACCAGACUCUUCAAUUGAGUCCUUUCCAACAGCUUUUUCGGUUCCUGGCAGUCUUAUAAAACUAAUUCAAGGGUUUUGGCUUCUGGAUCACAAUGAUUACCAGAACUCUGUUGACUGUAUACUUAAUCCAGCAUCAAGUCGAGUUAUGUCAUGGCAGCACUCUCAAAUCAUUGAAAAUUUGUUGUGCCAUGGAGAUUCGAGACAGGCCCUCAGGUAUUUACAAGUGAUGAAGCCUGUAGCAACCACCAGCAAAGAGGUUAAAUUGCAUAUGACUGUGCUGCUUGCAAACAGAUCUAUUUUAGAGGCAUGGAACUUGCAGAGACUGCACUCUAGUCGGCUGAAUGUAGAAGAACUGCUCAAACACAUGUAUGAAAUGUGUCAAGAAAUGGGGCUUAUUGAAGAAUUACUCAAGCUAACAUUUACAGAUUUUGAACAGGGCUAUUUGCACAAGUUCUUGCAGACUACCGGUGUCCAAAAUCAGGAGCUGCUAUUGGUGCACCACCUACAACGCGCCAAUUAUAUAUCAGCCUUGCAGCUAAACCAGUCAUUGAAAACCAACCACUUGAAUGAUUGUGACCGGCGUUUGCGUGAGAGAUCUGGGGCAAGAAAUGCUAUUCUGGAUCAGUAUGGAAAGAUAUUGCCAAGAGUCCAGCGAACUCUUGCAAGUGAAAGGGCCAAACCCUACUCGUUACCAUCACUUGUGUGGAGAGAAGUUGCUAGACCAAAGCCUUUAUCAACUACUGCGAAGCAAGCUGCUCCUGGAAGUAUAAUAACUAAAGCAAAUUUUAUUUGCAAUGUUCUGUCAAAAAUAAAAGAAGUUUCUACUGCAAAUGAAAAAAGGGAGGAAUAUUCGCCUUAUCAAAGCAUGGUUAGUGAGGAACCAACAGCCCCCCCUCUUCAAGACAUAGAUGUGCCUGAUGCUUUCUUUGGAACCCCUAUAAACAAAUCUCGUAGGGUGUCCAGGCUGUUGGACUCUGUUGUUCAUCCUGUACUAAUGGAACCUACUCCACUGACAUCCUCAGACACUGACAACAAUCAAACACCCCAUAAAUCUCCCCUACUGAAGACUUCGAGUCCUUUGCAUUCAAGUUUAAGGAGAAUUGCUCAUAUGAGAAGCUUUGCCAAAGCUUCUGAAUUCAGUUUGCUGGAGACGCCUCUAGUCGUCAGGAAAGCGAAGGCCUUGGCUGCCAACACUGCUUCAUCUGGAUAUACUAGUAUCACUCCUCAGUCAAUUUUAAGAUCUAGUGUGCGCACUACACCAUUGGUCUCACCUUCUGUAUCGCCUGGGAGAUCUCUAACUCCUCCCUUGCGCCCCAAAGAAACAAAAAUCUCUUUCAUGGAAUUAUCUUUUACCAGACAUGCAAAAGCAGCCCAUUCAUCAGAGGGGAAUCUUUUGGCAAUAUCUCCUGUACUAAGAUCUUCCCCAGAUGCAGUGUGGUCAGUAAAAGGAAAGGUUGCCUCAUUCACACAAAACACUCCUGUUAAGAAACUUGACGAAAUCGAUGCAUCAUCUUCUGGAAUCCAGGAAGAAAGCCAAGAUGAAAUGGAGGUCAGCAAAGAGAUCAGCAACAUAUCUGUAAGAUCAGAACAGGCUUCCUUAGAGUAUCAUGAUGCUCCAACACCAGAGGAUUUGGAAAAUGAUGAAAUCAGUGGAACAACCAAUUCACAACCUCAAGUUAAUGAGGUACAUCAUCAAAUGGAAGAUGGUCAGUUAACAGAAAAACCUGCAGAGCUGGCACUCACAGAAAUGCAAGAGGAGUUCAUAGAUUCUGAAGAAAGAGAAAUUGAAUAUAUUUCUGCCCCUUUGAAUGGUCCAAAUGCACUGGAAUGCAUGACUGCUGUACCCGAUAUUUACUUGGAAGACGCUUCCCAGUGUAUUUUAGAAACUCCUGAAGGCAGCUCGGUUUCUGUAACUGGUGAGCAAGAGUGUGUAUCUUCUGCUAAGGACUCUGAAUCUGUUAUCAGCAUUCAUGAUAGUGAUGAUGCGCACAGUAACCUUUCUGAAAACGAUCAAGACAGUGAGGAAAUCGAAGAAAAUAAUUUGCGUGUUCCGACUACAGUGACUCGCUGUGAAGAGUUUGAUCUUAUAGAAACAAAGGAUCUAGAGGUGGAACUGGAAGAGGCAGAUUCUGAAAAGACCAAUUACAAGGAUAUAUAUCCAGAUGCAACAGUCCAGCUUGGCUUUACUGUCGAAAGUAUUGAACAGCGUUACACUUGUGAAUUAGCCGAUAGGCGAGAGACUCCAAGUGAAACAGAUGAAAUUGAAGGAGAGCAUUUUGAAGCUGAGAAUAACUUUAGCUUAGUACUUGAGGGUGAUGUUACUGAAGAAGAGAUAUUAGAGCCUUCAUCUAGCAAAACAGAUCUAGAACUCACAAGACCUCCCAUAGCACAUCAGAAGCUUAUUUCAGAGAAUAGAGAAAAUAUUGAAAAUUGUGAAACUACUGAGAAAAUACCUGCGAAUAUGUCCCCUCUUGUGGACAGUGAUCAUGAAAGCAAGACCCUGGAGACGUUACCAUCUGAGGCUGAUUUAUCUGUUGCAGAAAAGGUCCUCAAAGGCACAGAAGAGAAAGAUGUUCCGCCUGAGGUUCAUAGUGAAGUUGUUUUAGAAAGUAAGCUUGUUGGCAAUGCUAUGAUGUCUUUAGACUCCUCCGAGUCUCAAGAAGUUAUAAUAAGUCAAUAUGAUAAUGUAAUUUCCAUAGAAAAACUGGAAAUGACACAAGAAAAAAUGUAUGGGGAAAAAACUGAGCAGAUAAAUGAAGGUCAGGUCUCACCAAAUCGUGACCAGUCUACAUUGGUAAAACCUUUAACACCACGCAGAAGCAUACGGAAGUCAUCAAAGCCUGCUGACAGUUCAACUGAUAUCAUUGGAAACAUUACACUUCCCACAACUCCUAAGAGAGGCCUAAAAAAAGCCAAAGAGAAUGUAGACACACUAAAAAAUUCAAUUUCUGUUGUUCCAGAGGAAGAAUUAACGCUUGGUACUAGAAGAAUUACCAGGAAAGCAACCCUUACGGCUUUAGACAACCCCGAACCCCUACAAAUCAAAGAGCCACCUUCUGGGGAAGAUUUACAAGUGCAGCCUUCUACUCCAACUAGGGGUCGCAGAGGCAAGGUUAUAACAUCAGAUGACCUCAAAGAGCCACCUUCUGGGGAAGAUUUACAAGUGCAGCCUUCUACUCCAACUAGGGGUCGCAGAGGCAGGGUUAUAACAUCAGAUGACCUCAGAGAGCCGCCUCCUGGGGAAGAUUUGCAAGUGCAGCCUUCUACUCCAACUAGGGGUCGCAGAGGCCGGGUUAUAACAUCAGAUGACAUCAAAGAGUCACCUUCUGUGGAAGAUUUACAAGUGCAGCCUUCUACUCCAACUAGGGGUCGCAGAGGCAAGGUUAUAACAUCAGAUGACAUCAAAGAACCACCUUCUGUGGAAUAUUUACAAGUGCAGCCUUCUACUCCAACUAGGGGUCACAAAGGCAAGGUUAUAACAUCAGAUGACAUCAAAGAGCCACUUUCUGGGGAAGAUUUACAAGUGCAGCCUUCUACUCCAACUAGGGGUCGCAAAGGCAAGGUUAUAACAUCAGAUGACAUCAAAGAGCCACUUUCUGAGGAAGUUUUACAAGAGCAGCCUUCUACUCCAACUAGGGGUCGCAGAGGCAGGGUUAUAACAUCAGAUGGCAAAGGUUAUGAAUGUGUGGAGGAAAAAAAUGCCUUGCCUCUUACUCCUACCAGAAUUACAAGAUCUAAAAAUAUUUUAGAGCCUGAAAAAGGAAUAAGCCAGAUAGAGCCUGAAAAAGGAAUAAGCCAAAUAGAACCUGAUAAAGGAUUAAGCCAGAUAGAGGACACGGGUGAGACUGAGCAUGAGGUUGUAACCCCUAGAAGAGGCAGGCGAGGCAAGCGUGUUGUUAAUGAGUUGGUUAAGCAUUUUGAACGUAAUUCUUCUCAACCCAAUAUUAAAGCAGACACAAGUCCUCCUGUAUCUCCUAAAAAGGUCUCUCUUAGAUGGACAAGGACCAGAUCAGAAAAUCAACGAAUUAAUGCAACUGAAGAGCAAGCAUCAAAGAUACAGGAAGACCUUUCAGAUACACCUAGAAAAAGGUACAAGAAAUCCAGUAAUAAAAUGGGCUUUGAGGAAACUACAGAUACUGUUACCGAAGGUGCCAUUGUAGAAGAUGUACAAGAGUCUUUAAUUAUCAGUCACCUAGGAAAGAAUCCAAACACAUCCAUUGUAAGAUCUGCUAGGAAAACUGCACUACCUCCAGUAACUGAAGACCAUUCAGAACAACCAUUGCUGCCCCCAGAGAGCCACAGCAAAGUCCAUAGUAGUCUUGCUAUUGCUGAUGAAGAAAAUAAAACCAACACAAGAACAAGGUCUGGUAAUAAAUCUUCAGUUGACGUUUCUGCCAUCACAUUUGAAUUUUCAACACCAAAAGCAAGAACUAAAAAGACUGCAAAAGUUGCAGGUUCUGCAGUUCCAACAGAAUUGAUACCGUCCACCCAAUAUGCCUUCUCCCCUCCAUCUACAAGGACAAGAAGAGCAACUAGAGCAAAUGUCAGUGAAGCUGUAAUUGAACCGCAAUUGCAAUUUCAAGAAUCAUGUGAAAUAGCGGAGACAGAAGUCCCUGAAGUUCCGGCCUCAAAACCGAGAGGCAGACCUCCAAAACACAAAGCUAAGGCUGUUACCAGGGUACUGAAAAAGCCAUCCUGGUCCACACCUCCCGUGGAAAUAAAGUUGAUUUCUCCUCCAGAAAGUCCUGCAGUGAGUGAAACCAAUACAAAGACUGACUCCACAGAAGCAAAAGGAGCAGAAAAAAUUUCCGUUAGGCGGACAAGGAGGCGAAUAAUAGCAAAACCUGUCACGCGGCGAAAGAUGAGAUGAUUGUUUUGAGGGAAAGGGUUGGGGUACUUCUUUUAAACGUGCACAGAGGUUUGUAAAGUUAAAAAUGACUAAUCUUGAAAAAAAACUGAUCUGGGAGAGAAUAAUUUAUAUAAAUUAUUGUAAAUUUUCUUAAACUAUCAGAAAUUUAAAAUAACACUCCGCCUGGAGCAAAAAUUUCUUCCCUGACAGUUUUGUCUGUUUUGUAUUAAUACUUCAUACGUUUAUAAAAAUGUAACUAAGGUUUUCAGGAAUGGUAAAUAAAAAUACAUUUCAGUAUUUUACUUUUUAUUAAAAAAAAUAAUAAAA